UCACCUGGGAGGAAUGGCAGCUCCUGAACCCUGAUCAGAAGACCCUAUAUCAGGAUGUGAUGUUGGAGAACUAUCGCAACCUAGUUUCCAUUGAAAUCCAGAAAGAUGAUGAUCAUUUGCUUAAGCAAUUGCAAUGUGAAAGAUGCAUGGACAGAAUGGAACGGUGUUAUAAAUUUAAUACAUUGGAAAGUAUUGUUUCUCAGCACAAAAAUAAUUUUCCUCCAAAGGAAAAUUAUGAGGUUUUUGGCUUACAUGAAAAAAUCUUAAACUCAGAUUUAGUCAUUCUGGAAUUAACUCAGAACAGAAGCAACAAAAUGCAGAACUCAGUUGUGCUCAAUGAAGAUGAAAAAACUUUUCUCCACGUUGAACAAGAGCAGUUUUGUACUGAAAUGAAAUUCCCCGAGUGUGAACAAUCCAGGCUCAUGAAGUCACAAUGCAUUCACCAUCAGGAAUCUGAUGAAAUUGAGAAACCACACACCAAUGAUAAAUGUGCGACAACCUUAAUCAAGGAGUCUGUGCUCUGUGAGCACCAGAUUAUUCAUAUACUAGAUGAGACCUAUGAAUGCAGUCAUUGUGGUAAAAAAUUCAAUAAAGUGUUCAAAUUCAAUGAACAUUAUCAAAAAGCUCACGAAGGACAAAAGCUAGGUAAAUGCUUGCAAUGUGGCAAAGCUUAUCAUAGUAAAUCAUACCUCAAGGGAUAUCCGGAAACUCUUGUGGCAGGGAUGCCCUAUGUAUGCAGUGAAUGUGGGAAAGACUUCACCAGGAAGAGUGAUAUCACUGCUCAUCAGCGAACUCAUACUGGAGAGAAACCCCAUGCAUGUGGUCAAUGUGAAAAAGCCUUCAUCAGGAAGAAGUACCUCACUAUUCAACAGCAAAGUCAUACUGGAGAGAAACCCCAGGUAUGUGGUGAAGGUGGGAAAGGCUACAUUCGGAAUGCACAUCUCAAAAGACAUCUACAAACUCAUGCAGGAGAAAAACCCUAUGUACUUGGUGAGUGUGGUAAAGCUUUCAACCAGAAGCAACACCUUAUAGCACAUCAGAUAAUUCACACAGGAGAUAAACCCUAUGUAUGUGGUCAAUGUGGAAAAGCCUUUAUCAGGGAGAAGAACCUCACUGUUCAUCAUGGAAAAGCCUUUACCUGGAAGACUUCUCUCACUGUUCAUCAGCGAAAUCAUACUGGAGAGAAACCUCAUGUAUGUGGUGAUUGUGGUAAAGGCUUCAUUAGGAAAAUACAUCUCAAAACUCAUCUACGAACUCAUGCAGGAGAUAAACCCCAUGUACGUGGUGAAUGUGGAAAAGCCUUUAUAAAGAAGAACGAGCUCACUGUUCAUCAGCGAACUCAUACUGGAGAGAAACCCUAUGUAUGUGUUGAAUGUGGCAAAAGCUUUAUCAGGAAGACCUCUCUCAUUGAUCAUCAGCGAACUCAUACUGGAGAGAAACCCCAUGUAUGUGGUGAAUGUGGAAAAGGCUUUAUUCGGAAAACACAUCUGAAAACUCAUCUACUAAUUCAUACAGGAGAGAAACCCCAUGUAUGUGGUGAAUGUGGAAAAGCCUUUAUCAAGAAGAACGAGCUCACUGUUCAUCAGCGAACUCAUACUGGAGAGAAACCCCAUGUAUGUGGUGAAUGUGGAAAAGCCUUUAUCAGGAACACUUCUCUCACUGUUCAUCAGCGAACUCAUACUGGAGAGAAACCCUAUGUAUGUGGUGAAUGUGGAAAAGCCUUUAUCGAGAAGAAGGAACUAACUUUUCACCAGCGAACUCAUACUGGAGAGAAACCCUAUGUAUGUGGUUGUGGCAAAGGCUUUAUCAGGAAGACUGCUCUCACUGUUCAUCAGCGAACUCAUACUGGAGAGAAACCCUAUGUAUGUGGUGAAUGUGGAAAAGCCUUUACCUGGAUGGCUUCUCUCACUGUUCAUCAGCGAACUCAUACUGGAGAG